AUGUUUGGGAAGCCACUUAAAAUUGAUCAGAAUUCUAUUAAGCGGUGUGAAGUAGGAGAGAGGGAAAUAACACAGAGGGCAAGAUUUGCCAGAAUAUGUGUUGAGGUUGAUUUGCGAAAAGCUUUUUUGUCCAAAUUUAAUAUUUAUGGACGUAUGUUUCAAGUUGCAUAUGAGGGAUUACACAUGAUUUGUUUUAAGUGUGGAAGAUUUGGUCAUAGGAAGGAUAGUUGUCCAACUAUUAUCAAUGCAGGGGAAAAAGCAAAGGAUUUGGGACAUGGCCCACAACAUGCUACUGGAGAGUCAAGGAAGCGAGUGGAGAUUGAUGGAGAAGCUUUUGGGAGUUGGAUGAUUGUUCAAAGACCUAUAAGAGGAAGGAAGAAUUUUCAGGUGAAUCUGAACCAAGGUGGUAAUCCAAAUGAGCUAACACGAAAGGGUGGCGGAGCUGGGCAGCGACCGCCGGCGAAGACUGGUGGAUCACGUUACGAAAUAUUAAAUUCUGAUUUGAAUGCUGAUUUAAAUAUCAUUAGUCAGGUUCAAGAAACGCCCAUUGACGAUACGCAGAAUAAUAUUUCAAAGGAGACGGUUGACGUAGCUGUUGGUAACGGCAAGAAGGUUCUGGAAAUUAAUAAAAAUAGGCAGUUAGGAGAUGGUGGGAAAAUGAAUGACAUGGAAGGUGGGGUCCCUAUUGCAGUAAAAGAAAAAGGAAGUGUAUCAGGCACAAAGGUUAGCCUUGGGCCCAAUCUAACAUUUGGGAAUAUCCCAAAGAUUAAUAAGUCCAAUUCCAAGGUGGUGAAGCAGACUCGUGGUGGGGGCCAACUGCUUAAACCCAGGUCCAGUAUUAAGAAGUCCAAUGUGACUUCUAAGACAAACCCGAAAUAA